UUGGUUUCUAUUUGUAAAAGUUCGAUUGUUGAUAUUUAGCUUUUUUAAAAAUAAAUUUCCCUUGAAAAACAAAAAUAUAUAAAUCGUUAAAAAAUAACGAAUUCAAUUUACUUGUUAAACUAAAUACAUGCAACUAUAUUAUUCUCAUCAAAUAUUUGGUCAAUUAUUCAGGUCAAUUAAUUUGCCAAAAAUUAUGUAUUUGAGAUUUCAAAUAAUUCUGUCUUUUGGACUAUUAUUGUCAACAUCAGCAGAUAUUAAAAUUGAUCAAGUUAUCAAUUAUUUGUCAUCCAAAAAUUUACCACAAGCACAAAAUGCAUUCCAUAAUUGCAUUGCUAAUUUAAACAUAAAUGGUUUUGAACAAAUGAAUUAUGAUGAAUUCAACCAAUUUUUAAGUAGACUAGGAGAUGAUAUAAUUUCUCGUGAAAUUCAGCCAAAAGAAAUGAGUCAAAAAAUAAUUGAAUUUUUAAAAUUAGAUAAAUCUAUUAUUACAGAAAAGUUUGAAGAUUGUUGUAAAAUUUUCCACUCAAGUUUGUUUGCAGUGGAAUAUCCCGAGAUAACGGGCCAUUUGAAAACAUUUAGGAAACGAUUAAAUUUGCGUUUUUAUCGAGCGUAUAAAAUUCUGCGAACUUGCAUAAAUAUGUAUUCUCUUGAUGGACAUGAUACGUCAGAAAUGAAUGUGCACGAAGGAGAGUUAAAAGAAGACGAACGAAACGAUGUACGAAAAUGUAUAAUCGGAGAUAUAAUUAAAAUGAUUUCUGGUAAAAUUCCUCUAGAUGGAGUUGUUCGUGGUGUAAAAUUCUUCAUCUUUGGAUCUGACGAAAUCCCUUUUGCAGAGUAUUGUUGUGCUGCUUUUUACACGUAUUUGGUUUUAGAUGAUUCCAUGUUUUCUGGACUAAUAUUAUCAACAUCAGCAGGUAUUAAACUUAAUAAAGUUAUUAAUUAUUUGUCAUCCAAAAAUUUACCACAAGCACAAAAUGCAUUCCAUAAUUGCAUUGCUAAUUUAAACAUAAAUGGUUUUGAACAAAUGAAUUAUGGUAAGACGUUGAAAUAAUUUUGACAUCCUUAUAUAAUUAAAAUAAUUCAUUAAACGCUGAUCAUUACAUUUGUAAAAGAAGUAUAAUUUUUUUUAAUUUACUCUAAUAUCAAUUGAGCCACUAUAUUUUUACAAGAAAAUAAACUGUAUAUAAUCCUAAAAGUCAUACUAAAGCCUUAAGAAAAACCUAAUACGAAUUUCAAACAUCGUUGCAACAUUAUAAUCUAUUAAGUUUUGUAAAAC